AUGAACGAGCGCUCGCUCCCGGAGACUGUUGAAUGGCUACAGCGCAUUGGAUAUCAGCCCUCCGAUCUGAACCGGUUGAACGCUGUGCAUGUUGCCGGUACCAAGGGCAAGGGCUCUACCUCCGCAUUCAUCUCCACAAUUCUCUCUCAGUAUACCAAAGAAGAGCCCGGCCAGCCUGCGCCCAAGCUGCAUAAGAUCGGCCUUUAUACAUCCCCUCACCUGCGUUUCGCGCGCGAGCGCAUCAAGAUCGACAAUGCGCCUCUGUCGGAGGAGCAAUUCGCGCGCUAUUUCUUCGAGGUGUGGGAUCGCCUUGAGCACUCUGCUAAGGCGGUCGGUCAGGACCCAACCGCCCCAGGCACGAAGCCCCAAUACUUCCGGUACUUGACUCUUAUGGCGUUCCACACAUACCUGAGUGAGGGCGUGGACGCUGCGGUGAUCGAAUGUGGAAUCGGUGGCCAGUAUGAUUGCACCAACGUGAUUCCGCAGCCAAAAGUCACUGCCAUCACCAGCCUUGGUAUAGACCACACUGCCAUGCUCGGAACUACAAUUGAGCAAAUCGCCUGGCACAAGGGUGGCAUUAUUAAACGCGAUGUUAGAGGUUUCGCUGCGCCGCAGCCUUCGACGGCGGAGCAAGUCCUGCUGAAACGCGCCGAAGAGGCGGGUACUCAGCUGGAUAUCGUGACCGGUCAUCCCGAGCUGUGUGCUGAUACCAGUAAGGUGACCCUUGGACUGGCAGGCGACUUCCAAUACACCAACGCUUCGGUCGCGGUUGCAAGUGCCGCGGAGUUCUUGCGCAAGGCCGGUUUAGACGUGCCUGAAAAGAUCAUGGACGGACCGCUUCCAGCCCAGUUCAAGACCGGUCUGGAAGAAACUCGUCUUGGUGGCCGGUGCGAAACUCGCUUUGAGAAGAACGUCUCGUGGUACAUUGACGGCGGGCAUACAUUAGAAAGUAUCCGGCUGGCCGGGCAAUGGUUCGCCUCGCGCAUCCAGGCCGAUUCGUCCUCCACUGAUAUUGCCGCUAAGAAGACCCGAAUCUUGAUUUUCAAUCAGCAAACCCGAGACAGCACCGCUCUCGCACGCGCACUCCACGAAACCCUCUCAGCGGCUCUCGUAAAUGACACUCCAUUCACCCACGCCUUGUUCUGCACGAACAUCACCUACAAACAGGCGGGAUUCCGACCCGAUUUGGUCAGCAUGAACACCAACGCCGAUGACCUGGAACUUCUCCGCGUUCAAAAGUCCUUGGCCGAGGAGUGGAACACGAUCGAUCCCCAUGCUCAGACCCACGUGUUUGGUACUAUCGAAGAGGCCGUUGACUUCGCUCGCGAGGUUGCGACCCAGGAGCGCAAGACCCUGGAGAAGGACGAAGCCCCGGUCAUGACCUUUGUGACUGGUAGCAUCCACCUGGUUGGUGGCUUCCUUGACGUGGUUGAGACCAAGCCCGGGGAUUUAUGA